AUGACAUACUCGGAGGCAGGAAUAUCAGAAGUAUUGUGUUUUACCACACAUACUCAUAGACGAAUAGAAUACUUUGCACCCGAUGAAUUGGAUAUAAUUACACCAAACUCUCCACAAUCUCUCAUAGCUGACCCUUACAAAAUUUGUAUUGUUUCUAAUAUGUGUAUUGACAGUAGUGGAAAGGUCCAUGUUUUUCUUCCUGACACAAGUGAUGUUCCCAAUUUACAUGCAAGCAAUCCAUUCUUCACUUCUGAUAGAGAUUUUAUUCGAAAGCUACUAAUGGACCAUCCAAUUAAUGGAGUUCCACGUUUUCCAAUACCAAGUCGUGUAGAAGUUAGAGAUAUUACAUUGAACGAAUUUCAAAACUUGGAAACCAAGAAAUCAAAUCAUCAGUUUCGAAUGACUUCCAAGUGGAUUUCUCUUCAUGCUCCACUUUUUUGGUCGAAUUAUUAUCACACAAUUAUUGAUGGAUUUUACAAAGUUUUUGUGUUAUUGAGACAGGUUUCACAUGUGAUGGAAUAUGUCUCGAGUUUUGGAGCCAAAUCAACUAGAGUUUCUCCAACGUUUUCCUAUGAUUCAAUGGCUGAUAUUCUCACAAAGAAAGAUUAUGAAUUAUUCAUCUUGACAAAGAGUCCUAAAUUUCCAAAUUGGGUCAACCGAGUUGUAAAUACUACUGAGAAGGCAUUUGUUCAACCAGUGAUUGCGGAUAUUGGAAAUGGAGAGGAUUCAUAUACAUGCUCAUCGAAAGGAGUUAUUGGAAUUUCAUUUUCACAUUAUAGAAAUUUAUUUUACACAUUUGAAUCACGUGUUGUUCCAAGACCUCCAAAGGAAGCCAUCUUAAUGACCAAUCAAUACUUUUCAUUUAUCAAACAAUCAUAUGGAUAUUCGAAUGAAAAGAGAAAGAAUCCGAAACUUAAUAUUUUACUGAUUCGUAGAGUGAAAAACAGAGUCAUUACAAAUUUGGAUGAAAUUUACAAAACAUUGAAAAUUAAUUAUGGAGAUGUUUGUGAAAUACAAAUUAGGGAAAAUUUCAAACAUUCAUUUGAUGAACAAAUUGCUUACCAUCAAUGGGCAGAUGUCAUUAUUGUUUCACAUGGAGCUGAUGAGACGAAUACUUUCUUGACAAGAGAAGGAACAGUAAUAAUUGAAGUAGAAAGUCCUCAGCAUUAUGAGCCAUACUUUCCAGUUUAUGCUCAUUUAUUGAAAUUGAGACAUUACAUGUUCAGAGGAAGUGGAGGAGAUAAGAAUUCGAAUAGAAUAGUAGAUAUUGAUGCAUUUGUUAAAUUUUUUGAAGCUGCAUUAUGUUAUGGAGAUUCAUUUAUUGGAAAUGAGAGGAUAAAACAAAAUUCUGUUGAUUCUGGAUUUUGUAAACGAAUCAAAUUGGAAAACAAAUACAGUGAAACAGAUGUGAAAGAAUUAUUAUCAAAUAGAAUGAACAUUUUUGAGAGAUUUGACACAGAUCAAAGUUUAACUGAAAUUAAGGGAGAAUAUUUGAUUGGAUGUUGUCUAAAUGAAUAA